GUGCUCCUGGCAGAAGUGGUGCAGUCAUGCCUAAGUCUAUGCCAGUGAUUAUAUCUGCUGACACUGGGAGCGCUGGUUCUUACUAAUGGGGCAUUGCCGGUACCCAUACGAGUGCUCAGAGAAUACAAGCCUGCAGCUGCAGGUGGUCGAGAAGAUCUUUGUCAGCAACCAGAGCCUAAACAUUCAGUCUCGGGACAUAUUGUGCUUGUUGUUCGACGAAGUCCCGUUUAUCGGUAGAAUCUUUCUCCCGCAUAAUUCUUUGAAACUUUGAAACGUCAUUAACUGUUAUUAUAUAUGUGUUUAUUUGUUGUGGAUGUAUUUGACAAUUAGAGAGAUUUCUUAAAGUUAACAACGGGACAUGUUACGUGCGUGCGAUGAUCGAGGAAGAAAGUCGCGAUUUCAUCACUUGCAACCACGGGCGUCGUUUGGUCCGAUCACUCGGGGCUAUAGCCCCUGGUAUUUUAGCCCCGGUGCCAAUCAUUCUCCUUCAAAAACAAAAAAGUCAAGCCCCAAGUAAACUUGACUUAGCCUCUGAUCUUUUCAAUAGCUAGAAAUUCCCCUGCUUGCAACCCUUACCAUCCAUCCAUCUAUCCAUCCAAACAUCUUAUUAAAGGUUAUUAAGUUGAUACAUUAAAAGGAAAUAAAUCUAUAUGUAAUAAUAAAAGUUAAAUGUUUAUUUUGGGUGUCAUUAAUUAUAAUUACCACCGCCUAUAAAUAAACAGGGACUCCGUGUUUGUUGGUCAUAUUUAUUUUACCAUUUGCGUUAAAAAGAAACCCGUUUAACAUUAAUUCGCUGCCUAGCCUGCUGCCUCCAGCCUCCUGCCUCCACGCACAGCCGCUCCGCUGGCUGCAGAUGGCGCGCGCUAACGGCCCCUUUUUUAUUCUCACAAUCCGAGGGCGUCAUUCAUGCGAUGCUCCGGUCCGAAGCCGGCCGCCCGCGAGUGGACUAAUCCGUCCGAGGUGUCAAUCAUGUCGGUGCCGCGGUUGAAGUGUGGGUUUUGGUAACCGCCUCUUUCUGCUGGGGAGCGAGAGGAGAUCCGAGCAGGGAAUACUUGCCUAAGACCAAAGACCGCAGGGUACUAUCGUUUACGGUCCUUUCCGAGAUUGCGUGCCCGCAGACUAAUACUAACGGGUAUCUGGAUUACAAAAUAUAAAAAUAACAAAGCAGCUAACAAAUGCAGAAAAAUGGGUAAACUUCAUUCGAAACAUGCUGCCGUUUGUAAGCCAAGGGAGAGCCCCGAAGGUGACAGUUUCGUAGUUAAUGCCUGUUUGGCCAGAAAAGGAAUCGACGAAUGGAUGGUUAAACAGAAGUACUAUUGCACCGGCUCGCCGCUGGAGCAACGGGAUUGCGAGCAGAAAGCCAGCAGCAGAGCUCCGCCGCGGGAUGAACUGUGCAAGGAUGGGAUCAUAGACCAACAUUAUCGCCUAGAAGUGGACCUGCCCCCCGAGAAGACGGACAGGUGCUACGGCGAGGACAAGGCACAUGUGCGGGAUGGUGCAGAUACCAGAGGUGUUCAGAAACCGCUGAAGUUUGAGGAGCUGGAAUGCGCCGUCUCUGUGGAGGAAGACGAUCGUCAGGAGUGGACCUUCACACUGUAUGACUUCGACAACAAUGGCAAGGUCACAAGAGAGGACAUCACAAGCCUGCUGCACACCAUCUACGAGGUGGUGGACGCGUCCGUGAACCACUCCCCCAGCACCAGUAAGACCCUUCGGGUCAAGCUGUCUGUGGCCCCUGACUCCAGCCGAUGGAAGGGGCCCGCUCAGACCCCAGCAGACCAUCCCCAUUUGAGGCAAAAGGCUGACAAGUGGAUCGAAGAUCCCAAAAGUUCUGACAAGAAGUCCCGGGCUCUUAUCAGGCGUCACCAUGGUGAACAGCCCACCCAGCCGAGCUGCCAGAGGCACUGCGUAGAUGAGAACCUGGAGCGUAGGAACCACUACUUAGACCUAGCUGGGAUUGAGAACUAUACAUCACGCUUUGGGUCAGGUACCACAGACCCAGGAAAAGCUGAGCCUCACAUCCGGCCCACGAAUCAGUCGCGGUCCCGCUCCCAUGAGCCAGAGAAUGGACCCGGUCACCCACAUCACCGGCGCCUGCACACUGUGCAGGUGGAGGCGUCCUGCUUGCGGGCUCGGGACGAGGACUGGGGCCGCCACGCUCUGCGCUCCCCCAAAAUCUCCGGGCACCCCCAGGUAGUGGCCCAGUUGGCCAGGACCCGGGCACUCAAGAGCCGAACCGCGCCCCCGCCACCGGCGCUGCCUGGUCAUGUUGGGCCCUACAGGAGGCACAAGCAGCGUGCUAAAGACGGCCAGCAAAACCCCCGCAUGAUGGGCCCCGUGACAGAGAGGGGGCAAGAGCGGGAGCUGCCUAGCUUGGUUUUGUACGAGGGUGGCCUGGGUCCGGUGGUCCAACGGCACCAGCACCAUCAUCACCAUGAGCACCAUCACCACUACCACCACUUCUACCAGUCCUGAACCCCCCCUCCUCUUCACUGGCCCCGCCCACAAUGUAGUUACGUCACCAGAGCUCUGUGAAGGCCAUUGCUGAGCCUGGAGGCUCCCUUAGCACUGAGGGUGCGGAGCCUUGCCGACUGGCACCGUGUGUGUGAAUUGGGAGGUGUGGUUGGUGGGGUUAGGGGAGGGGGAAACGAGUCUUAAAGGAGCUUUGCUGCUCUCAUCGAUUUUAUUGAUUGUUGUAUUUGCAGUUUGCAUACAUGGUUGGAUUGAACUUCCUCUACCACUCUUCGUCACUCCUCUUAAGAGGUUUGAGGGACAGGACCGAGGGGCAGAGCAAUGGUCAACCAGACAUUGCAUAUGAAGGAACAUGGGUUUGUGGGAAUCACUGUGGCUGCCUGCAGAUCACGGGGAACCCAUCUGCUCUACUGCCCCGUGACUGUUUUUCAAAAGCACUUCUGGUAGAGUCGCUUUUAAAAUGCGUUUCCGUUCGGUCCCUGGAUCAGAAUCCCACUCAUCCCUGGAGCUGAAGAUACUUUUGAAGAUUUUAUAAUUUUUUUUUUUUUUUAAGAACUGAGAAUUAAAGACCCUGAACAGCUGCUACCUCUAGUAUUAUGAUUAUUGCUAUGAAUGUUAUUCAGAUGUUGUCAGUAAUGUUUUUAAUAUGCCACGUGGGGGGAGGGGGGUCCCCCUUGUGUAGCCCUGAUAUUUCCUACACAUUUUUGUAUGUAAAUCUUUCAAAUAUUUUCCAACAAGUAUUGCUGAUGCCACAUGGUUUUAUCGCUACAGUACAACUCCUGCUUUCCCCCCCACCCCUUCCUUCUUAAGGCUAAUUGUCCAUCUAAGACCACUUACCGUUGAAAUGAAAAUCAUCUGGAUCACAUGGGGGACCAUUAUAUAUCAGGUUGAGGUCUGUAGGAAGGUCAUCAGUACAAACAGGCAAGUUGGAGCCCCUAGUGGCAGGUAAUGACUCAAACUUUAAUCCAGUGAAGGUUUCUUUGGUCCCUUGGCUGUCCAGUGUUUUGUAAACACCUGUCUAUAUCAGCGUUGCUACGUGGAGACUGGUUCCUUCAAAGAUCACUAAUGGUUUUCAAAGCUGGAUAGAUUGGCUGUGUUCUAGUAGGCCUUGCCAGCACUGUGGUUGGUCUAGUAGUGUCUAGUAAAGUUCUGUGGGUGGGCUGUGGGACCUCUGCUCUACGUGAAGCUGACCCCAAUCGUCAUAGCAGUCAUUAACCGCAUCCCACUCCACAGCCACUUGGCUUCAUGUUUACCCACAGUUUUUAUUGGAGAGGUUACUCCUUUCACCUUAAUCUUAGACCCGUGAAACGCUUCAAAGACCGUCUUGAAGUGACUUUGGAACCAUGCAUUAGCGAGGGUGUAGUACGACCAGAUGGGCCGUUUCCACAUCCCGCCUGUCAGUGAGUCGCUAUGACGAGACGCUGUUUGGACGGGAGUGUAGCAUGCCGUCCUCCUGCCAUGCCCCAUUGCUUGUGGGAGUCCUACUUACACAAAAUGUUCUGAGGGCAGAACGAAAAAUGAUUGGUUCAGAGAGCCAAUCAGAUUGUAGAGGAGGUGGGUUCAAGGAACUAGAGGAGGUUGGACCAAGAUCUGAUUGGUUGGUCCCGCCUCCUCUAGUUGCCUGGACCCACCUCUUUUACAAUCUGAUUGAUCAUCUCUCUGAAACAAUCAUUUUUCACUCCGCCCUUAGAACAUUUUUGUGUAAGUAAAACUCCCAUGGGUUGGCUGAUUUUAGGCCAACGGCCGUGAGUGACGGGCUAUUUCCCUUGUACAGGUGAGACUGUGUGUGAAUAUGAAGGCUGUUUAAUGUCAGUGCAGUCCCAGCACCUUUUAAAGGGACAGAGCAUGACUUCGUGUUUGGCUUCAUUCCCCCUCAGCCUGGUUUCUAUGACUCUGUAUUUAACGUUAAACCCCAGCCUCUCUCCAUUGUUGCCACUAAGUUAUAUUAAAAGGUGCAUUUUAGAAUUAUUGUAAAUAUUUUAUGUAUUGGAAAAUGAUAUACACAUCUUUUAGAAGGAAAUGAGCUUAUUUAUAUAAAUAAAGUGAUCAAUGUAUGUCUUCAAAGCUA